AAAGCGGAACAUCUCUUUUGUUGCUCUUCCGGUUUCUCUAUGCAGCAUGGCGAAUUCGCAGCAUGCUGAAGACAACCCAAAACACGUGAAAAUGUCCGGUGAUGUAGUUGUUACCUCCACCCCGGCCCCUGUCUCCUCUGCCGCGGCAAUCGGUGCGGGGGUUGGGUCCUCGGUGCCUUCGUUCGCCGCGGCCUCGGAGCUGCUGUCGGCUCCCUACUCCUGUUUAGUCAUGAACACGCACCGCAGACACAUAGCUCUCCCUCCUCUGUACCUCAACAAGAAGAAAACAGGAAUCAGAGAAGAACUAGACACAGAGCUGCUCAAGUUUUCACAGAGUCUGAGCGGAGUGCCCUUAGCAUAUGACAACAUAAGAAUAGUGGGGCAUCAGGGGGACAUCUAUGAUGACAGUGGCUAUAUCCACCUGAACAUAGAAGCCAACUUCAUUUUGUUUCAGCCCAAGAAAGGACAGACGUUGUUGGGAAUGGUAAACAAGCUGGGUGUAAAUCAUGUGGGUUGCCUGGUUCAUGGCUGCUUCAAUGCCAGUAUCCCCAAGCCAAACCUCGUCUCUAUGGAAACAUGGAGGGAUGCCGGACCCCAGAUUGGCUCAGAGCUGGAGUUUGAUGUAACAACCCUGGAUGCAGACACAGCAGGAGUGCUGCUCAUUAGAGGAAGGCUGAAGAGAACAAGGGUGCAGGAGUUGCUGGCUAUAGGCGAAAGCACGGUGUCUACUGUACAGUCCACUGCACAGUCCAGUGUACAGCAUCCAGAUGAACUUGAUGCAUCCAAUACAGAUGAGACCACAGAACCUAUGGAACUACCCCCUGAAGAGACUCCAAAAAAGAAGAAAAAGAAAAAGCAUAAAAUCAAACAGGAGAUUUUGACCCCAGAGAAAGACACAGCACUGGAUUCAUCACCACAGCUCAACGAGACAAUAAACGAGAUGGGAGAAGAGAGCAGUGGUACCACAGAGAAAAAGAAGAAGAAAAAGAAAAAGAAAAAAGACAGAUACAAAGAAGAAGAGCAAGAGGAGCCACUGACCCUCCCCUUUUCCCCGGACACUACAUUGGACACAACAGCUGAGUUAAAUGGGACAAUGGAUGAAACAAAUGGGAAUGUGGAGAAAAAGAAGAAGAAAAAGAAAGACAAACAUAUUAAGGAUGAACCACAGGAGGUGGAUAUUAUGUCUAUGAUGGUCCACAGCUGUGACUCCAGUGGAUACCUCAGUGACAAGCCCAGCAAAAAGAGGAAACACCAAACUAAAACUGAAGACUUAACUGGUUUUAGUCUAGAGAUUGGAAUGCCAUGUAUGAAAAAAAUCAAGCCGCUGGUUGAGCUGAAAAGAGAGUUUGAAUAACAUUUUACAGAUACUAGAUUAUGGUAUUAAAACAUUGAUAUGUUCCUUUACUUAGACGGGAUCUUUCUAUCAUUGAAAGCUAACACAAGGUGGAGCCAUUGAACAGAUCCUAUUGUGCCGAAUGGAUUACCCAGCACUGCCUAAAGAGGGAGCUGAAUGCUUGUUUUCCUGCCAUCUUUCGGCCCAAAGUAAAGCCAGGAACAAUACUCAAAAUGUAGUGUCUGUCUGAUGAAUGUAUUUUCUGUGAUAAUACAAAAUGGACAUUUAUUUUCUCUUUCUCUUG